GUUGUGUUGCAGUAGCAUUUUGAUUCAUGUCACUACACCAAAAUCAUGAUUUUGGAAUGGAGAGGGAUUUGGUUUAAAUGCAUGGAAGCAUUCCCCCCAACCUAGGCCUUGUGUUUCCACACCAGCAACAGAUUUCUGUAGCUAUAAACCAAUUCACUGGAAGGCUGCCAAUUUCAUUGUCCAAUGCUUCAAGUCUUGAAUUAGUUGAUUUUAGCUCCAACAGUUUUAGUGGACAUGUGCCUUUGAAUCUAGGAAGUCUUUCGGGUCUCUACCAUUUCAAUAUCAAGAAAAAUCAGCUUGGAAGCAGAGAAGGUGAUGACCCGAGCUUCCUCAAUUCACUUACCAACUGCACCCGUCUAAAAGCUAUAGGUGCAACUACUAAUAAUCUGGAGGGUGAAUUGCCCAGCUCCAUUGCUAAUCUCUCGACACAGCUAAAGAUUCUGUUUUUAGGAGGAAACAAGACUAGUUCACUAUAAACACUAUGAAUUCUUUUCUAUUAUGCCAGUUUUAUAUUUGUCUUGACUGUUGUAUUCAAGCCUCAUUCCUCGCUCUUUACAUAACCAGUUAGUUUGUCAAUUUGCAUUGCUUAUUUGACUUUAUUUUUUAUUUUUAUUUUGUAAUUUUCAAAGAUGAGUUGAAAUAAAUCAAAGAAGAACCGAUGUGGCAGUGGAGUUGCCAGGAUGCAAAAUUGGCAAAACAUGUAGCCGUCAUUUCAGACUCUGUAUUUAUUCAACUGUAUUAGUAGUUUCUGUCAUCCAUUUUCAAUUGUUGGGUGAAAUCUGGUUAGCUAGAUUUCCUUUUCUUGUUCUCUAAAUUACAAAUAAGCUGCCUUUGUUUCUCAUAGCGAUGUUGCAACCAUUAACCUCAUCUUACGAUACCUUGUGGUGACUAGGCUUUAGUAGCUGUUGAUGUGUAUUCCUGCAGAUUCUUCAAUUUAUCGAGCCAUCUCCUUCAGGGAUUGCUUAGUCCAUUGAGCCUUUGACCGAAGCUUUUGUUUCCAAUUGUCACAGAACAAAGUGAAGAGGUCAGAGAUGCUUCCUGAAGAAACAAUUUUGUAGUUGCAUUAUAAUAGGACUGAUGUUCAGAAAUUUGGACAGUAAGCUUGCUGUCAUUGCUUUAUGCCUGCUUGCAAAGCAUACAACUUCGUUGGGUGGGAUAAUAGAUGGAUGAUAUGAAGAUGUGUCUUAAUUCAUCACUGUAAAGAUGUGAAUAAUUCCUUCUGUCUGUAUAGUUUGUUUUCAUUGAAAAGCUGGAUUCUGUGCUGUUAAGAUGUAUUGGUCCAUCAUUCAUGAGUCUGAAGACAUAAUGCACUUGCUGCACUGGAAAGAAAUUGUCAGAUAUUCACAGGCAUGCCAUUUGCCCUAAAGUUAAAAAUUGUCAGAUAUUCAUAGGCAUGCCAUUUGCCCUAAAGUUAUCUCAUUCCUGUAAAGAAGCUGGAGCUGCAUGGGAAAGCCUUAUGAUUUCAGUUCAAGAGGAAAGACAGCUUGGUUCUGUGAAUGGAAGCCUGAGUCACAAGAAGAAAGAGGAACAGUGCCCAUAUUCUCUUCAUAAAAGCCUGCGUCACAAGAAGAAAGACAACUCAGUUUUACUUUGUUGGCGUCUUGGACACAGUCUGAAGUUGAUAACGCUGGUGAAGCUUUUGCAAAGAAGCUCAACUCAGGCCUCAAAGUCACUUGUCCAUGGAGAGGAAAUUCUGAUUACAGAACCAUGCAAGUCAGCCCAUGUUGCUACAGCGAAAGCUGCAAAGGAUGCUGGCGUGUUUCUGUCUUAUGAUAGAAUACUUUCCAGAUUUGUUGAAGGAUUAAUUAUGUUGAUAUUCUUGAAAUGGAGCAAUGCCGUGGAAUAGUUGUUGCAUCAGCUGUAUUUGGAAACUAUGACAUAAUACAACAGCCAAGAAAUAUUAGUGAGGCUGCAAAGAGAUGCUUGCUUUUAUAUGUUUGUGGAUGAAGAGACGGAAGCAUAUAUAAAGAAUUCUAGUGCACUUGACAGCACUAACAGGGUGGGACUAUGGAGAUUUGUUGUCGUUCACAACCUUCCUUAAUGCUGAUCCAAGACGGACUGGAAAGGUGAGUUCUUUUGUGCACUCAUUUUAUUUCUUUUAGACUCCAGAUUAGAUUGUGGUCUAGAAGCAGUCUAGUUGCAUACAAAGCAUGCAAUUGCUGAAUAUAGUUAAUUACUAAAUCUUUAUAGCGUGACUGUAUGCAGCAGCAAUGUAUUUAGUAAUCAUGCAAGAUUGAAAAAUCAUAUUGGAUGUUUCCCAAUACGGUACUAGAUUGGCUGGUUAUUUAUAACUGCUGUAUAAAAGGAGGGAAUCAUGCAAUAAGUGGGAAAGUAAUAUAAUCUUUCAAA